AUGAUUAUGGUUGGUGGAGAGGAAAAAACGAUCAAGGAGAAGUUGGAUUAUUUCCAUCGACUCACUGAAAAAAUAAAUGAACCAGAAUUGGACAACAAGGCUGGCGUGGGUGCGGAGUCUGACGAACAGCAAGCUUCCUCUGUUGCCAGUAAGAGUAAAAGGCCGGCCUCUCUUCAUUCACAAUCUUCAGAUGUGCCAAAUUCAAAACAAGCCUGGAGUUAUGAAGAUUCACCAACAUUACCUAAAUCUCCACCUCCACCUAUUACUGCUUCAACAACAACAAAAAAAAAUUCAAUUCACGAAUCUCCUUCUCCGACGUCGACAUCCACAGUACCAUCACCAAUUACAUCUCCACCCGGUAAGCCAAAGUCACCAUCGUCUCCAGUAACACUUCUUUUAUUUUUAUAA